AAUUUUUUUAAAUCGAAUUUUUUUAUGAAUAAUAGUGUCUUACAAAACAUUCGGAAAAUGCUGAAAUUUAUUGAUAUUGGUGCUAAUCUGACGGAUCCUAUGUUCCAAGGCGUCUAUAAUAAUUCCACUAAGCAUCAGGCUGAUCUGAGCAACGUUUUGGAACGGAGCUGGGCGGCCGGUGUGCAGAAGAUUAUCGUUACAUGUGGUACACUUUCCGAUUGCGAUCCGGCUUUUAAAAUUGUGAACGAAAAUGAUAAGCUGUUUACAACCGUCGGUUGUCAUCCGACCAGAUGCGGAGAAUUCGAUGCCGAUCCGGAAGGAUACUUCGCGUCUUUGUGCAAUAAAAUAGAUGAAAAUCGUGACAGGGUCGUAGCGAUAGGAGAGUUCGGUUUGGAUUACGAUAGACUUCACUUUUGUGAAAAGGACGUUCAAAAAAAGUACUUUGAACAACAGUUAAAACUAGCCGAAAAAUAUAAACUGCCAUUGUUUUUGCAUUGCCGUAAUGCACAUGAAGAUUUCAUUGAGAUUUUAAGAAGGAACCUAGAAAAAAUUCCCAAGAGAGGUGUCGUUCAUACGUUUGACGGGACGUUAGAGGAUGCCCAAACGUUAAUCGACCUAGGGUUCUAUAUUGGCAUCAAUGGUUGUUCUUUAAAGACGGAGGAAAAUUUAAAGGUGGCUUCUGAAAUACCAGACGACAAAAUAAUGGUUGAAACGGACAGCCCCUGGUGCGAAAUUCGACCAUCGCAUGCUGGCUCAAAGUUUAUCCAUACAAAAUUUCCAGCCGUCAAAAAAAAGGAGAAAUGGGACAAAGAUAUGCUUAUUGCUGGACGAUGUGAGCCCGCCAUGAUCAUGCAAGUACUAGAAGUGCUAGCAGGGAUCAAAAAUAAAUCUGUGGAAGACCUUGCAGAACGCUACUACGAUAACACUAUCAAAGUAUUCUUUUCUUGAAUAAAAGUUGCAUUU